AUGGAAGACGCCGAAUCAUUUCUCCAAACAGUAGGUGAAAGCAGCACACAAUAUGAAGACAGCACGGUGAUGAUGACGAUGAUGGCUACUACACAGCAGCCCUUGCCAACGGGUCUCUCUGAUGUUCAAGAAAUGGUGCUUGCAAUUCUGCCAGUUCCUUCCGCCAUCCUGAGUAUCUUUGGGUCAACUUGCAUCAUUUACAUGUCCUUGAAGAGUCGAUUUGAUAAAUCGUGGACACCAUAUACGCGAUUGCUAAUCGGAAUGAGCAUCUGUGACAUUAUAUCCAGUUUGACAUUAGCAGUGGCAGCCUUUAUGAGACCUCAGGAGAAUGGCCGCGUCUGGGCCUUUGGGAGUGAAGCCACAUGUUCUGCCAUUGGACUGUUGACGCAGUUCUCCUAUUCCGGUCUCUUUUACAAUUCUAUGCUGUCAUUAUACUUUUUGUUGUCCACGAGAUUCAAACUAAAGAACCAAAUGAUUGCAAAACGAUUUGAACCUCUCAUGCACUUUUUGUCGUUGGGGUUCCCAAUUGUCACGGCGGUUGUGGGAGCAAUCAUGGGCGUAUACUCGACAACGACAUCCGAAUUGGGCUGCUGGGUCAAUGAUUUUCCCAGAGGAUGCAUUGGUGAAGAAUGCUUAUCCAUUACGAUAGGAUGGUACUAUUUCGGCAUGCCGUUUCUUAUUUCCUUUGCCAUUAUUGGCCUCAGCAAUUUGAACAUUUUAAUCUUUGUUCGGCAAAAGACCAAGAAAUCACCAAGUAGUAAUAGCAGUGGUCGAGGUCGAGGUCGUGAUCAUUCCAUUACUGCCAUUGGUGAUUUGGGCGAAAGCUUUCACUCGAAAUCAGGUACCACCACGGCGGGUGGCAAUACCAAUCCUGUUUCGGCGACCGAUGGAUCCUUUUGCCCUACCAGUCCGACGACUACUCUUCGUGAUUCGUCGAAUCCGCAAGAUGGGUCCGCAGCCCGUUAUUCACCAGCAUCUUCCUUUUCCUUUAUCACCAUGUCGGGCAGUUUCAAAAGACAGACUUCGUGGCGAAGCAACAACCACAAUAAUAAUAUCAACAAGUCGCGGUCGUCGGUAUCGGACUAUUCGGAUGCCGAUGUCCAACGACAGCAAAUGAAACGACUGCGACUGAUCCUAUCCCAAGCGCUCUUGUUUGUGGCCAGCUACAUCUUUACGGCAGGUUGGUUGGGGUUGCUCCGCAUCAUCGAAUCCAUGGCCGAGACUCCCGAGGAUGAAUUGCGAAUGGUACAUCGAAUCUAUCCACUCAUGGUGAUCAAUGCCAUCAUGGCUCCGUUGCAAGGACUUUUUAAUAUGCUAGUCUUUAUACGACCAAAGUACUUGAAAUGGAGGAACGAAUAUCCAAUGGAGAAACGUUCUUGGGUAUUCCAAAGGUGCAUCUUUGGACGAAGCGUCCGACCCACCGUUCGAUACAUGAGUCCGCAACAACAACAACAACAACAACAGAAUAAACCAGCAAGGGACGAUCAAACAAAUCAAAAUGACAAUCAUAGUGACAACGAACUGUCGUGGAGGAAAAGUCGCGACACGGAGGACGAGGAACACGAAGAUGGUAAUGACGAAAAGGUUGUAUUGGACAAAAAAUUUCAUUUCCCACGAAGUAUGGCGUCUUCCCUGACGGCCAGUAUCGGCGACUUUGAUCAUGUCCUUCCGGAAGGUCAAACAGAUGAACGAUGGCAAGCUAGUACCAGUGCUCGCAAUCGAUGGCACUCGUUGCACUCGAGUGUGGUAUCAAGUUUGGAAGUCAUUAGUGAACUUUCGGUAUCUCUGUUUGAGUCGCAUUAUCCGACACCUGGCGCAAGCGGUGACGACGACAAUGAUAAUGAUGAUGAGGUGGACGAAAUGGAAAGGACCCACACAGAUGACGACGAUGAGUUGGAUCUGGAAGCCUCUUUGCCCAGACCACCUCUGCUGAAGACGGGAUCCAACCACUCGGAAGAUCGCUGGAGUGCUUCCUCGCCGCCUCCCACAACACGUUCGCGCUCCUCUCCCAUACCCAUUACUAUGCUUUGUAGCCAAAGGACAGACCCCAACGAUUCUGCUGACGACCGAUGGAGUACUGCCAGUCCCAGAUCCGAUCGAAGUCCAUCAUCUCAUCGCAGUCCUACUCUUCACCGCGGCAAUCGAUCUCGAGGUAGAAACCCUACUGUUCGCAAUGCGGAUGGUACUGCUGGUGGUGGUUCGGUCAACUCCUCGGACAAUCGUUCGGAUGGUCGGUGGAGUAGUUCCUCUGCUCGGACUAGUCCUUUGCAACAAGAUAGUAGUUUCAGGACGACACACCUGGAAAUGCCACGGCGUCUUGUCAGUGAACAGCAAUCCGAAUUCAAUAGUAGCACUGCUGCUGAAACAACAAUACUUGGCGGUAGCAUUGCCGAAUCCUCCGUGGCAUCUGCCAGCAUGACCACUGAUAGCAACAGUUCUGGAGAGGACACGCCCUUGCAGCCCCCGACACGACGAUUAAGUCCUGGGGCUGAAACUCGUUCCUGUAUUCCCGAUGCACCUAUUUUGUGA